UCAACAAAAAUAGAAAGGGGCAUACAUUUGGGCUUGUGUCCGCCGCGAUGAGAAGCGAUGGCUGGUGGCCAAUUGAAUCGAGGCGGAUCGCAGAUCUCAGACCAAGAACAAUGCGCAUUCUUUAUUGUUCGUUCAAUUGGGUAACGUGCUCUGUCUAAUUUUGCAUUCGACAUAACAUAAAACCCAAAAAAUAUGAAUCAGUCGGGGAUGCAUAAAAAGAAGCCAAGGAUACGGAAUCGCCAGCGGAACAAGAUAAACCAGUUGCAUUCGGAACAAGAGGAAAACCUUAAUCUAUCUGCUCCCAAAAGUGAUGAAGUUAAUAGGAGAGUUUCUCCCAUUAAAAAUGACAUCCCAGUUGAAAGAUCUCCUAAAAGUGCUUCGCCAAAAAGUGACAAAAGUGACUUCCAGGUGGAAACUCCACCGAAAAGUGAUCAUUCUCAGUUGGAAAACUCGAAAGAGAACGAAACCAUCAGGCUAAUUCAGCAACUAUUACGUAGAAAAUUAUUGGCCAAUAAUAAUACAGCCCCAAUAAACGAACCUGUGCCAGUUAAUAUUCAACCUAAAGUAGUUAGCCAAUCAAAAGAAUCAAAAACGGAAGAAAAGAAACCAAAGGUGGCUUCUGCCCCAGAAACUCACAAAAUUCCAGUAGAAUCCAAGGUAACCGGAAAUCCUUUUAAGGAUGUAAAACCUGAGGAAAUGGAUGACCUUCUAAAAUGUUUGGGUACCAAAUUGCAAAAGGGAACUGGAGACUUGCCAGCUGCGGCGUUAAUCAGCAACCUGGGCAAACUUUUCAGCCAAGCUCCUCCAAGCGAUGUGGAAUCAUCCGAUGACGAGGCGGAGGAGUACGUGGAGUACAUCUACAAGCCAAGGCAAUAUUUUAUGGCCUCAUUAUGCAAUCUGUGCAAGGCGGACCUGUGUGCUCAAAAGCGGAUACCCUGCUCUCGUUGUGGACUGAGCUACUACUGCAGCGGUGGCCACAUGAAAGACGACCAGGAGCACCGGCAGUUGUGCUACGCCCUGCGCCAAACGGUGGACCGCAACGGUCACGAAAUGUUCUACAAGUGCGGCGACUUCAGUGGCGAGCAGUUCCGUUCCUACCGGAUCGUGUGCAUCCGCCAGGUGGAAAAGGAGAUGAAUCGCCAACUCACGGCCACGGAACAGGAGCUGCUCCUCUUUCCAAUGAUCUGUGGCGAACCCAAGUGCCGGGAGAACCGCUUCCAGCGACUCGCCAUCUGCGGAGGAUGCGGCGAGGUGGCCUUCUGCAAGGAUAAGCCCGGUCAUCGGAGCAAGGAGCACGCCAAGUGGUGUGGUUCUUAUCAACUGUUCAAGGCUUUCAUCAUGUUCCAGGCGAAGUUCGGCCGGAUGGAGCCAUCGCUGCCCAACAAGAUACUUCGGGAAUUACCUAUGGCUUGCUCCAACACCAAACACAUGAUGAAGAAACUUAAUUUCAAUGUUACCAAUGAGUGCGAAUAUGCCGCUUUGACUCAGGUUUCCACAGGACCCUUAACUGCCUGGUUUGCCCUAAAACUCUGCGAACGUUUAAGAAACUGUGAGGUAUUAACCCUCCACUUAAUUGGAGCCGAGAUAGAAUUCGAAGUGGAUAUGCUACAGAAAUGGGAACUAUUCCUCCUCCACAUAAUGCCAUCGGUGAAAACCCUAAAUGUGGUUUUUAUUGGACCAGAACUUAAUCCCAAU